AUGAACCCGGCUACUGAUGAGGGGAUCGAGCUCUCUUCCACACGAACACCCUCAGCGAAGGUCAGGGAUACCCCGACCUGGAAAUCGUUGAAGAAUUGGUGCUCUCGAACCGUUCUCCGAUCGGGCGCGCAGUAUAGUCUUUUAGAGCGUCCGUCGCCCUCUGACUCCAAACUCCUCCACGGGUGGAGAUUGGGUGCUCUGCUAUCAGGGAUCUUUGUUGCAAUUUGCCUAUGUCUUAACAUUGCGGCCACUGCUUUUAUGCGCACCAAAUAUCCUCCCAAUGAAGAUGGGCUUGGUGUAAUUCUGAACCACGACUGUGACAGAAUCCGCAGCAUGGACAGCAGAUUUCACUAUGCGAUCAACGUUAUUGCGACCGUGCUCGUCGGGGCAAGCAACUACAGCAUGCAAUGUCUCACUGCACCAACGCGCGAAGAAGUCGAUAAAGCUCACGGGCGACGAAAAUGGGUUGAUGUCGGGAUUCACUCAAUGCGAAAUCUGUCGCAUAUUACGCGACCCAAAGCCAUGUUUUGGCUCGUGCUCGCGCUGAGCUCAUUGCCUCUUCAUCUUUUGUGGAACUCGGCAGUCUUUAUGACCACCACAUUCAACGACUACAGCGGCCUGGUAGUCACGCCGGAGUUCCUAGACAAAAACGCCUCGAUUGGCAUCGACUGCGGAGAGGACUCGAUGGCGCAAUACAAGGUUUCAGACGAGUCGAGCUACGUAACUUGCUGGCUGCGCGAUAUGGUCAUACAAUCCCCAGGCAACAUGAGUCGGAUGGACCCCCAACAAUGCAUUUCCACGUACGGCAAUGGUCUUGAGGGAGCAAAUUUUAACCUCCUUGCUGUAACCAAGAACGACAGCAAUGCUAUGCAGUCCGAGACGUUUCCACCGCCCUCCAAUGCCACAAUACCCGUUCUUUCCUAUUUUCACCCCCUUGACUACCCGGACGAUUUGUCGAAUUGGUGCUCAAAAUAUCAAGUCAACGGCACAGGUUGGAAGCCAGAUCCCAUUCCGCAGGUCACAUAUUGGAUGUGUGCAACAGACACAAUUUUUUACCACCAAUGCAGCACCUCGGUAGCCCAGAAGAACUCUAGUAACUGGGAAAUUCUACCGGAAUCUUAUGAGAUCGACUACUGUUUGACAACGGAUGUGGAGCACGAAUGUGAAUUGAAGUAUAGUCCGAUGAUCCUGUACAUUGCUAUUGCUUGUAACACGGUGAAGCUCGCGUCAAUCCUAGGAUGUCUUCUCAUUUCCCGGGAGCCAAUACUAGCAACAAUUGGUGAUGCGGUGGAUUCUUUUCUUCGACGUCCAGACCAAGCGUCAAGUGGCCUGUGUCUAAUGUCAAAGCUAGACGACUCGAUAUUCCCUGAGAUGAACGAGAAUGGCGAUUAUAUUCCCUUGUCUUCUCAUCCUCCGAAGGCUUGGGCCGAGGGUGAGAUUUGGUUUGGAAGACAUGGGACUAUUCGACGUUGGGUCGGUUGCAUAUUUUUGUGGCUAGCAUGUGUUAUCGUUGGAGUCGUCUUCAUGGUGAAAGGAAUCUCCCUUCUCGGCAUCAAGAACGCUUUCACCUUAGGAUGUGGGGCUCUUAGCCUUAACGCCAUUGUUGCCACAUCAAAGGACGAGGGUGGCAGCGCGAGAUCAAUUCUCACCACAUCUCUGAUUGCCAACCUUCCUCAAAUGCUUCUCUCGAGCCUAUAUUUCAUGUACAAUGCGGUCCUCACAAGCAUGGCCUCUACCCACGAAUGGAGCAUGUUUGCCCACAAACGGACCACUCUGCGCGUCACUGUGCCAUCAGGCGCGCAAAGGGAGACGUAUUGGCUCGGUCUUCCCUGGCGAUACUCUUUACCCUUCCUCAUUUGCAGUACUGUUUUCCACUGGCUGAUCUCGCAGUCGAUCUUUUUGAUCAACAUUACGAUCUACCAGCCGAAUUCUGAGGUUCUAAUGGCACCAACUGCUUAUUUCCCUGGAGUCAGCAAUACUGGCAUGACCACGGCGUGUGGAUAUAGUCCACUUGCCAUCGCUUGUGCACUCGGAGUUGCAAUGUUGUUGUUCAUCGCUUUGACCGUCCUGGGCUCGCGAAAGGUGAAGCCAGGGAUGCCUGUGGUUGGUAGUUGUAGUCUUGCCAUAAGCGCUGCCUGUCAUCCUCCUCAAUCAGAUGACUUAGCUGCUAUCAAGCCUCUACUUUGGGGUGCUGUGACGCACGAGGAGAAUGGGAAACCAGGACAUUGUUGUUUGACCUCAUUUGAGAUGGAGAGGCCGAGGAAAGGAGCUUUAUACGCUGGGUUCUAG